AUGGACCCAGCCAGCAUUGAGUCUUUGCAUUCCGCCCUUCAAGCACAGGAGCUGGACAAACUAAGUGUCAUGAUCAAACGGCUUGCCCCGGAGCCGACAGAACAAGAACAUCCGAUCGAGGUACCGGCUCGAGCACCACCACUCGGCGUGGCACCUGUGGUGUCGUCCCUGGCUCAGAACGCUCGCUUAGAAUCACCCACACGCUUUUCCGUGUUUCUGAAUAAUGUCCUUCAGAUUUUCAGGUUAUCCUGCUCGACCUCCAUCAUGAGACAGGUGUUGAAGCUACUGGUGGUCGUCUCCCUGCAAAAUCUUAUUCUCAGCUUCCAGCCUCUCUUCACAUUUGACGGAAUAUCCCUCACUCACCGUGACAUCACACAAAAGGCGAUCCUCAGAAAGACAGCGGAGGUCUGCAGAGACAUUGGUAUUUCUGAAGGAUGGGCCUUCAGCCUCACUAUUGAUGACAAUCUGUCAGCUGACAAGGUGCAAAGUGCCUGUUCCCCAGCAGGCACAUCUAGUUCUACCCUCUCCGGUGUCAGCUUUCUAACCUCCAUCACCAGUGUGUACUUGAGCAAUUCAUACGUGGAUGUGAGGUUUCUACUGAGUGCGAGGCGACAUUUUGACGACGAGACAUUCCAGGAAGGACGAGAUCUUAUCACAGAAGGUUUGUCUGCUGUGAAGGCCAGUGUGAAGAUGGAGAACUUUUUUACAGGGAGGGUGACUCUAGGGACAAUUAUUCACACCCUCCAGGACUUCUACAGCCACAGCAACUGGGUGGAGUUGGGGAGAACUGCUCCGUACAGCGCUCUGAUCAGACCAGACCAAGCUCUGCAGAACCUGGCAGGUCCAACUACUCCAACCUGUAGAAACUGUGCAGGUGAAAACUGUGAUAACAAUCUCCUGCCUGAGGUGCUGAAGCAGGGGCUUCUCACAUCAGGCUACUUUGACCCUAUCUUCUUAUCCAAACCUGCAGGUAAAUGCAGCCAUGGCGGUGCACUAGACCAAACCAGCAGACGAGAUCCAGUAGGGGGCAUAAAUAAGGAUACUUCUGGAUCCAGUCAUGGUUUACUUCACCAGAAGGCAGCUGAUAUGGCUGUGAGUGCCACAGCAGAGCUACUGCAGGACAUCAGACUAGCUGUCGGAGAUCAGACCUUCCUGAGAUUUAUGGGCCUCUCCUUCGCCCCUGUGCUGUGUUUUGUCAUUGACACUACAGGCAGCAUGAGCGAUGACAUCGAUGAAGCAAAGAGAGUUUCUUUUAGCAUCAUUGAUGGACGCAGGGGAACUGAGCAGGAGCCAUCUGGUUACAUAUUAGUACCUUUCAAUGACCCAGAUUUUGGACCAGUGACUAAGACAACCAAUGCAGAUGUGUUCAAAGCCAGCAUCAGUAACCUGACAGCUGCGGGGGGAGGUGAUGAACCAGAGAUGUGUUUGUCUGGACUGCAGCUUGCCUUGACUGCUGCUCCACCACACUCUGAGAUCUUUGUGUUCACUGAUGCUCCAGCUAAAGACUUCGUUCUAAAAAACACCAUCACUGCACUUAUAGAGAGCACCAAGACCAAGGUCACCUUCAUGUUGACCAAUGUCUUUGCUGGUCGACGCAGAAGGAUGUCUCAGGAUGUGAACCAACGGGCCCUUUCUCCCUCUAAUGACCAGCUUUACCGAGACCUAGCCCAGAAAUCUGGAGGUCAGACUAUUGAAGUCACUAAGUUAUCGCUGUCUCAGGCCACUACUGUGAUAGAGGAUUCAUCAGUCGGUGCUGUGGUGACCAUUUUCCAGAGAGUACUGGAUCCUGGAAGGCCUGAAAACUUUACUUUUUCUGUAGAUGGUUCAUUACGUCAUGUCAUUGCCUACAUCACUGGAUUUUCAGUUCUCUCCUACAGUAUCACCAGCCCCACAGGUGUUUCUCAGAGCUCCAUUCAAUCCAGUGGUCCUCUGGCAAAUAUUACCACAACAGGAAAUCUACAUCGUUUAAAACUCAGCACUGAAACUCAAACUGGACUUUGGCAAAUCAGUGUUAACUCCAUGUCGUCAUAUUCUGUCAAGGUCACAGGGCAAAGUUCAGUGAGCUUCAUUUAUGACCUAGUGGCGUCAUAUGAAGGAGCUCACAGUGACUUCAGUCUCAUGUAUGGACGUCCUGUUACAGGGAACAAUGUCAGCCUCUUGGUCUCAGUACAAGGGAGUGAUCAAGCAAAGGUCACAGAGGUCACGCUGUUUGACAGUUCAGGGCCAACAGAGGUCAAUGGAUCACUGCAGUCAGUGGGAAGCGGCAGCUUCGUGGUGACAUUCGUUAGCAUCCCAGCAGGUGACUAUGCAGUUACUCUGAGAGGAGAGGAAGUCAGCUCCACCUCCAAGUCACUGCCCAUCAGCUUCCAGAGACAGGCCUCAACCAUGUUCAAAACCACCAGCAUCUUAGUCACCACUGAAGUUAACAAGACCAACAUAGAACCUGGUACCACCGUCUCCGUCCCCUUCGCAGUGGCCACAACCAGCGAUGGAUCUGUUAACAAGUUAUUCAAAGUGCGAGCCAACAAUGACCGCAGCUAUGCUUCCACUUCACCCGGUACUGUCAUGAUAGAGGCAGCCAGCGGAACCAGAGGAACAGCCAACGGCACCAUCACUUUAACUGUGCCAGAAACGGCUGCUUCUGGAACAGACGUGACUCUUACCAUUGAAGUGGAGGAUGAAGCUGCCACUGACAUCAACUACUCUGUCCUCAGGUUUUCUGUGGCUGCCAAAGUGGUAGACCAGUCCCGUCCUGUGUGCCAGGUAGUCAGUACAUCAGGCAUAUGCCCGUCCUCUUCACUGUGUGUGUCCUCUCAGUGGAUAUUCAUCGCUAAUAUCACAGAUGGCAUCAACGGAACAGGGAUUGGAAGCAUCACCAUCCUCCAAGGGAACGGUUCUCUCAGUACCAGCUCAGUAGCUGGAGUAGGAGGCGAGAACGUUACAGUGGCAACCUACAACGCCUCCUGCUGUUCACUCAGCGUAGAGCUGUCUGUUGUAGACAAUGUAGGGAAUGUGGGGACAUGUGUGGGACAGGCUAGAGUCAACACAAUCACUGGAGAGCCCACUAUAAGCACGAAUGUCCCUGCGACUACAGCUACAGGUAACACAACCACCACUGGAGGUGCCAGUAUGAUCAUGUCAAGCCCUCUCCUGGUCAGUGUGAUGGUGUUUUACCUCUGGAAGUGAAAGGUGAAAGAACUGUUUAGCAAAUACAACGUUUUAAUCAAAUUCUUGUGUUUUAGUGAUUUUUUCCUACUUUGCAUUUUAGGUGUGUUAAAAUGUAAUAUGUAAUAAUCAUUUCGAUGUGCUCAGAGCUGCCUUUACUGUAAUAAUCAAUAGAUGCCACACAAAAGAUUUUCUCCUGUUUAGAUUUAAGCUUUCAGUUAAUGAAUAUCUUUAAAGUACAAUUAAACAUUUUUGAGUUAAGGUGAAAUUUAAACUGGUGUUUGAGUAGAGCUGCAAAAUAAACUGACAUUUAUUGUUGACACACUUUAAAGUAUUAUUGUUUUUGUU